UAAUCCGCGCUUAGUCGGACACGUGUAGACUCGUGCCGACUGUUGCACGCGAUGUGUACUAUAAAACAAGUCAGUUGCAUGAUAUGUAACAUACACCAUGUUCGCUUCAAAGGUCAAGAACACGCUGAAGAUUCUCUGGAGGGAGUACUGCUCCAAGACAUCCGUGCACGGAGUUGGAUUCCUCAAGCUGCAGACGACCUCCCGCUACGAGAAGUAUGAUCUUGAACACCCCAAACAUGCUACUUCUAACCCACCUCCUAACAGAUUCAUGUGGUCCCUGUGGAUUCUGCUAUCGCUCGCCGGAUGCGUCUACAUGACGUACGUGGGCUAUCAAAAGUGGGAGAACAACUCGGUGGUCAUUACGUACGCGACGCAAUCACUGCACGUGUGGCAGAUCCCGUUCCCCGCCGUUACGAUCUGCCCGGUGACGAAGAGUCGCCGCGAGGCGUUCGACUUCGAGGGGACUUAUGAUGAGCUCAAGCGAGGUGGAGGAUUGAUGGAUGAUGAUAGGUGAGAUUUGUAUGGGAGGAGUAUGUAUUGAAUAUUCAAGGAUUUUCGUUUUAGUUACGGCAUUUUUCGUGCCAUGCUUCACGUCUGCGUAAGUACUGUGAAUAUCUUCAACUUUACGGGAUCGUACAGUGAAAACGUUGUCGCAACGUUGCGGAAUAUUUCUUUCCCGUUGGAGGACAUGCUUGAAAAGUGUUCCUGGAAAGGAGUCGCAAUAGACUGUGGCGAGAUAUUCUCCGAGAUUGUAACGGAUGAAGGUGUUUGCUAUAAUUUCAACAUUUUAACAGCUGAAGAUCUGCUAAGAGUCGAAAAUUUGGACCCAACCUACGAUUCCGUUGAUUCUAGCAGAAAUUCUUCGCUUUGGUCCAACGAGGAAGAGUACACGAGGUAUUCCGGAUCUGACGUGUAUCCCCGCCGAGCUCUUGGAGCUGGGGUCAAGGCUGGACUCUCGGUGGUGUUGAAGACGCGGAAAUCCGAGGUGGAACACGUCUGUAGAGGCGGUAUGGAUGGAUUCAAGGUACUACUACACUCUCCGGAUGAGUUCCCGAUGGUCAGUGAGUUCUACACGAGACUACCUUUGGGCAAGUCCGCUGCCAUGUUCUUGAAACCUCAGCUGACUAAGGUGGUUGGCAGUUUGGAGAGUGAGAGCUUUGAGAGACGUCAAUGCUUCUUCAACAGCGAUCGCAAGCUGAGAUUCUUCAAGGUGUACAACCAGAACAACUGCCACGUAGAGUGCAUCACCAACUACACCUUCGGCAAGUGCGGUUGCAUCAAGUUCUCAAUGCCUCACGCGCCAGAUAUGGAGACUUGCAACUCUUCUCAGAUUGCGUGCUACCAGCACGGGUUGGUAGCCAUCAAUGAACGUUCGAUCCGACUCCAGCUCCAAGGAUCUUCCAAGUAUCGCACCUGCAACUGCCUACCUGCGUGCUACGAACUGGUCUACAACAAGGAAAUCUCCUACACCCCUUACAACGCCGAAGCUCAAGCAACCUCCAAGAACGAAUCCUCAAAUGACAUCUCAGACUUCUACCACUCCCAGCUGCUAAUAGCCAUGAAGACGGAUCGAACGCUCCCGUUGACGCGCUGUCGGCUGAACAGCAUCUCCGAUGUCCUCGCCAACCUGGGCGGAAUCUUUGGCCUGUUCAUCGGAGGGACCACCAUCAGCCUGGUAGAAAUCGUCUACUUUUGCUGCAUCCGUUCCGUACGAGUAGCCAUCACGCAGCACCGACUCCACCCAGCAACCCCCAAGGUGUUCCCUUGGGUGCCGUAACGACUUCGACUACGGCCAGAACCUACAAAUGACUUACUUAAACCGCGAUGGUGAUUUUUAUUGGGUGACGCAUCAACACCUCGCGGAGUUAUUAAAACAAAUGUGCACUAUUUUAUGGGCUCUUAAAACUGCGAUAUCAAAGCGUAGCUUUGGGAGGUGGUUCUUUCAUCUAACCCGAUAAGCACCGCAACGUGAGGACUUACUUUGAAUACUGAUGGCGUUGAACUGGUGGUGAGAUGUGAGUUUUUUUCCAGUUGGCGAUUGUGUGAUGGAAACAAUUGAUUGGCGUGAAAACGUUUUGCGAUAAAUUGUUUGUGGGUGGGAUUGGUAACGAGGAUAGGUUUACU